AUCGCUACAAUUUCUCCAGGGAUGGCAUCAUGUGAAAACACUCUAAAUACAUUGAGAUACGCAAAUAGAGUAAAGGAAUUUGGAAUUAGUCCUUCAGACAUUCCCUUCUCACAGGGUAGUGGCAGUCGCUCUGAUCUCUCUCCUUCCUAUGAGUAUGAUGACUUUUCUCCUUCAAUCACCAGGGUGAAGGAGCUGAUGGUUGAUCCUAGUGCUUCAGGAGAAAUCUGUCCUAUUAUACACCAUGCUCCCAAUCAGAUUGAUGACUUAGAGGAACAGUGGGGUGUGGGGAGCUCUCCUCAGAGAGAUGAUCUCAAACUGCUUUGUGAACAAAAUGAAGAGGAAGUUUCUCCACAGUUGUUUACUUUCCAUGAAGCUGUGUCCCAAAUGGUGGAAAUGGAAGAGCAAGUAGUAGAAGAUCACAGGGCUAUCUUCCAGGAAUCUAUUAGAUGGCUGGAAGAUGAAAAAACUCUUCUUGAGAUGACAGAAGAAGUAGACUAUGAUGUGGAUUCUUAUGCUACCCAACUUGAAGCAAUUCUAGAGCAAAAAAUUGAUAUUCUGACCGAACUUAGAGAUAAAGUGAAAUCUUUCCGGGCAGCUCUACAAGAGGAGGAACAGGCCAGUAAACAGAUCAACCCAAAAAGACCACGUGCCCUUUGA